AAGGCCGAGUGUAUGGAAUGAUAGGAUUCUUAGAGAGGCGAACCUGAUGCCUUUAUCGAGAGUUGGACGACUGAAGAUAAGGCUUGUGGAGGGAAUGAAAUCAGGUGGUGCUGAAAUGGCCAUGAGUUGGGAGCGACUGGUGUGCUUGUUGAUGAAUAUUGUUUCUUUUGGAUUGAGUGUCCGACUGAAAGAAAGGCAGUUUGUGUUUGUGCUCUUGUGCUUUGUGGCCGCAGCAGUUGUUGUGACCAAUGCAAUUCUGGUCCAUCGACUCGUCACACCGACUGUGGCAACUGGGCCCUCUUUUGGCUUGCAGGGUGCACUCGGAGGAGAUCCUUGGGGAUUAGACCAGUUGCGGAGUGAAGUGAUUGUUCUGCAGGAAAAGAUAAGCAGAUUGAAGGCCGAUUGUGAGAGAAACGGUCUAUUGAUUCCUAGGCAAUAAACAAACUAAAGAAGUAUUGGUAUUAUGGUCUAUAUAUCUAUAUAUCUAUCGAAACCCUACACUUUAUUGUUGUUUUUGUUAUUUAAUAUAUCUAUAUUUUCUUUAUAUUAAGAAUUACUUAACUAGACAGCUAGACAGCUAGGCAGUUGGUUGGUCAACUAGUCGACUAGGUCAAACUUUGGUUAAUAAAUUUAUCCUUCUAUCUAUCAAUCU